AUGGAUCAGUCCGGUUCCCAAGCCACCUCUUCUCACAAUGUCAGAAUAGCGGUCAGCGAUCUGGCGAAAUAUUAUCAGUUUAACUGCGACAAAUUGCUUCACCAGACAGCAAAUAACAGGCCGGCGCUUGAAAAGAAGAAGAAAAUAUCAAAAGUCAACCUCGACACGACUCUUAACGAUGCACUUCGUCAUCGGGGAAUGGAAUUCGAGGAGCAAAUCAAAAACAAAUUGAAAAAUGUAAAAGAUUGUCAGAACAUUAAACCAUCAGAGGCAAAGCGUGUGCUGAAAAAGGCCGCAGUUGGAGACGUGCUUUACCAGUUGAAAUUUGAAAUACCUGAGAAGUUUUAUGAGAAGAUGGGUAUUCAGAAUGUUAGAUUACGCGCCAUUAUACCUGAUUUCAUAGAGGUCAAAGAGGAGAAUGGGGAGAAAGUGCUAAUGAUAUUAGAUGCGAAAGCUUCGAAGGCCGCUAGAGUGGCUCAUCAGUUUCAAGUGGCCUCAUAUGCGUACUUUAUAGAUUACAUUAUAAGCAGAAUGAGAGGCAUUUCAAUAUCGCGUACUGGUGGAAUAUAUCUCCCUCCAUUCCAACUACAGACAUUUCGUAUGGAUUUUCUCUUGCCUAAGAUAGAACGCUUCUUCAGCGUUGAACUUCCGCGUAUAAUGUCGGCAAAUACUGUGUCAUGGCAUUACAACAACCGAUGCAGGAAUUGCGAAUUUGUAAAUACAUGCCGUAGCGAUUCUAAAAAUACUAUAUCAACGAUACCAUAUCUCUCGGUUGACAAGGCUAUUGAUCUAAAAGGUUUUGUGCAAGAUUUUGCCAAUGAAGUGGAUGAAUCGAAUAAAGGCAAUGCUAACGAAACCAUACCUAGUGUAUAUAAUGAGCCACAGAUUGAGGAUCUUGUCAAAUGGUUCGAUGAUCUAAACAUUAAGGAUAAGAAGGACCGAGAUGAUGACCUUAUGAGUAAGCGCGUGCAGGACAUUAUUAAAUACGAUAGAAAAUCUGGACGAUCUCCUUACAUGGAUGCUUUAUCCACGAAGAAAGCACAGUUUAUCGGAACACCUACUGCAGCAUUCCCACAAGUUACCGACCAUAAUCUUGUAAUCAGUAUGUCACUGGAUCCAUUUGUAUCGAAGCCAUUUGGAUGGGCUAUUUGCUUGUAUAAAAGUGAUGGGACAAUAGAAAAACGUCACAGGCACGCCGGUUCUAUUAAGAAAGAAGAUGAAACUGAAGAGACUUUUGUUGCAUUGAUGGAGAAAUUUGUCACGAUAUUAGAUAAGGCGUUUGAGUAUCUAGCAAGUGUGAAAUCUCAUGCCUGUGUCUUUGUAUAUUCUGAAUCAGAAAAAAACACCAUUCAGGAUGCGCUGCUUUCUAUUAUUUCUAUGGAAGAAAGUUCAGUGUCGCCUACAACCCAGCACAUGGCAAGUAGAUGUCUGUUCAAUCUAUUCGAAGACACGUCGCUUCUUAUGGCUAGUAACGAUGCGGAUGCAGACGUGACAGAACUGCCUGACGAUUGGCGAGAGUUUCCUCGAAUUGUGGUGCUUGAACAAGCUAUUAAAACGAAUGUAGCAAUGGAUGUGCCGGGUUUCUAUCGAUUAAAAGAUGUGUGGAAGAGAAUGGUUUAUCCGCUAAUGAAAGAUGAAGCACUUAAGAAUGAAAUCAACGAGAAUUUGUAUAUGAUUGACUUGGAUGGAUUAUACGAACUAUGGGUUGUUGAGAACAACAUAAAUAACACGAACGAUCUCCAUUUAUUGCGAAAUCAUUUUACCAAUGCAGUUAUUCACGCUUAUUAUGACCUACUGAGAAGCCAUACUCCAGACAUCGCUUCCAUAUUAAUAUCCUCACCUCCACCCUUCUCAUUCACUCAGAUUAAGUCAUUUAGUAAUAAUUACUUAGGUAAAUUGUAUUUCUUCAAGCAAUUCGAAGCAGUGACCGGAUGUGCGAAAAUACGAGCUAGUAGGUUCAACGAUCUUGUCCAGAGAGGAGCCGUGUCGGGAGUUGUAUUGGAAUUUGAUAAGUUUGUUAAGAAAGUUAACGAAUCCGAGAGGUAUCCAGAGUGGGUGGCUAGAUUUAUUCUAAUUAGCGGUGGGAAAGAAUUCAGCAUAUUGGAGCCCAGUCAUUUGAAAGAGUACAUUUUGGUCGAUGAUUCAGAUGAGGGAGUUUUACAAGCAAUAAAGUUUCCAGAUAUGGUUUGGCGUAAUAAGUUUGUUGGAUUCCCAGUGUCUGUUGUUAGUCUCUUUGAAAUAGACAACCGGGAUUCCCAGAGAAGGGCCGUGUGCUUGAAAGGAAGGUUCAUUGGCAGUAUUGGAAAGAACUUGAAGACUUAUCGCUUGUAUAAACGUUACGUUGAUUUCAACGUUGAGAAAGUCACUUCCUUGAUGAGUGAGAUUGAUGAGCGUCCCGAUAAUAAGUCUAUCUUUCUGGAUGUAAUACAUGAUCCUAAUAAAUGGGGUUUGCAAAAAUUACACGAAGAAGAUUACAAAGAACUUAAAACUACCGCCCUUAAACUCCGCGACUCGUUCAAAAUGUCUCCAUCACAGAAGGAAAUUUCCGCGUCUCUGCUAGACAGACGCUUACAAAUAGUCUGGGGGCCACCUGGCUCUGGUAAAACGCACUUCCUUGCUCUCUUCACUGCGUGGUAUUUAACGACAGUGAAACCACAACCAUCAAGAAGAAGCAAAAAUUUUGUUAUUGGAGUAACGGCAUUUACACGAGCGGCAAUCGAUAACCUUCUUUUACGUAUUCUGAGUAUUCAAAAAAUGCAUGAUAAAACGGGAGAAUUCGAAAUAUCAUCAAUGGGGAAGGAGGCGAAUAAGGAAGGUGAUAUUAAAGAAUAUGUGGCUGAUUCGCUGGCAAAGAAAAUAAAGAGUGGGCAGUUAGCUCCAGGCGGACAAGCUGUAGUUAUCGGGGGAACUGUAUGGGAUUGGUAUAAAGUUAGGAAAGAAUUGAAGAAGUCGUGGGAUGGGAUAGAUAUGUUGAUCAUAGAUGAAGGAUCACAGUUACUAGUUUCCGACGCGAGCAUCGUACUCGAAUGUCUGAAUCCCAAGACUGGUCAAUUAGUCGUGGCUGGAGAUCACAUGCAAUUGGGUCCGAUUAUUCAGAAUACGUAUCCUGUAUUCCCUGAGGAUCAUCCACUCAUAUUUGGAUCUAUUCAGCAAUGUUUAAUGCGGCGAGAAGAUGGAUCAGUUUUUAAUGAAGACGAUUUCUUCUUAAAGAAGGGCCAGAAGCAUGAUUUCGGUCCGUGCACUAUUCAGCUGAGAGAUAAUUGGCGAAUGAAUGAUGAAUUAAACAGCUUUUUCCAAAAAAUCUACGGUGAUGACUAUAUAACCACAAGACCAGCUCUCAAACUCAAUCUCGACGACACAAUACUUUCCACAAUAACGACCAACGACAACGUCAAACGAGCCCUCACUCCAACCAACGCGAUAACACUCGUGAAGCUUUCUCUCGAUCUUCCAGUACCGUCAUAUAAAUCUCAAACUAGUCUCCUUCCUGAACAAUAUCUCCAAGCCGAAGCAGACGUCGUCUCUGAAAUAUCCAAAGCCUAUCUCGAAUCUGCCCAUAUCCUAGACGACAGGAAACCAUCGCUAUUCAUAGUAACGCCACAUCAUCGCCAACGACAUGCGAUUCAAUGUCGCAUGAGUAAAUACCUCAACAGCUCCGAGUAUGUGCUUCAAAUAAAUACGGCCGAAAAGAUGCAGGGACAGGAAUGUGAUAUGGUAAUCGCAUGCUUUGGUUUCAUGGACGUCUACGAAAUUGCAAGAGAAUCGGAUUUUCUUUUUGAUAGAAAUAGAUGGAACGUCGCCAUCAGUCGAGCAAGAUGCAAGGUUAUCGUGAUUACUACAAAUGAGAUGUUAUAUCCUAAGGGUAUGGAAGUGUUUGCAAAUAAAAAAACAAGCGAAGGAUGGGUGUUCCUCAGUAUGGUAGACAGAUGGGUCAAAGAUCGUUUCGAGAAAACGAAUAAAAAAGGUAGGAAAAGCAAAAACUCACCCGAGAGUACUUCAGUGAUAAAUUGGGUAGUUGAUGGAACCCAGCUUUCUCGCGUUUCCCAAACGUUGGACGUAUUCCUCGCUAUGGGCGGGACCAGGUUAUCUCUGGGUACUCCACGGCGAGUGAGUUCUGCUUCUAGUAGUACAUAUGCGAGAAAAACACCUACCAGCCCGACUGGAACAAAAUCUCCAGCCAAAUCUCAUGAUGUGACAUACACGAUACGUGAGGCUUUUGCUUCACAGGCUGCGUCGGGAUCCAAGAGUACUUCAACAGAUGAUAAGGAAAGUGGUGACGCCGAGACAGAAGGUAACAGCCGAAGUAGGAGUGAUAGUAGCAAUAGCAACAGUAGCAGCGGUAGCAGCAAUAUCAGUAGUGGUGAUACUGUUAAUAUUGUCCCUGUUGAUGUUAAUAGCAACAGUCCAACUGGUGAUGACAGCGAGAAUGUUGUUACCAAGCCGCGUACUGCAAGGAGAACCAGCACUGUAUGA